UAGACAAGCCUCCCCACUCAUGAACGUUAGCUCUCAUAUUUUCCUUUUUGUUUGGUAGAUACAUUAAACAAAAAUGAAAAUUUACAGAACCAACGAUUAGGUGAAUUACGUUUACACUGUAACCAACAAAACUGAAACAAGGAGAGAAAAAGUUUCUUCUUUUUGAGAACUGUUCUGAGGAAUCUAAGGAUACAAAGAAGAGAUUCUAUAAUUUGUAUACCAAAAGCUUUUGGAUUAAUUUCUUUCUUUCUCUGGAGAGAGGAUUAGUUAAGGAUGGCUUGGUAUAUCAAACCAACAAUGCUUGAAGAUUUGGCAAUUGUUGGUGGGUUGAUAAUAGUUCAAUUUAUGUACGCAGGGAACACAAUUUUAAUGAGUUACAUUAUGACUCUUGGUAUUAGCCCUUUCACCAUUGUUAUUUUCUCAACAUUCGCCACCUUCCUCCUCCUCUCUCCUGCUGCUGUUUACUUUGAAAGGAAAAAUUGGCCCCAGAGAUUGAGUUUGAAGUUGGUUUUGCAGCUAGUUUUAAUAUCUAUUGCAGGAGUAACUCUAUUCCAGACUCUGUUUCUGAAGGGCAUUAAACUAACCUCACCAGCAAUGGCAACAGCCAUGCCAAACCUUGCUCCGGGCCUCAUUUUCGUCAUUGCUUGGACUGUAAGGAUGGAAAAAGUUGAUCUAAAUUGCUUGCACAGCAAGGUCAAAAUCUUAGGAACAUUGCUGUGUGUUGGAGGUGCACUUACAAUGAGCCUAAUGCACAGCACUGCACCGGUAAAAGAGGCUGCCAAAGGAACAUCAUCAGUCUCACCAGCCAUGAUGUUCGAUAGGGAAAAGAUUGUCGGUUGCAUGUAUCUCUUGGCAGCAGUUUUUGUUUUAUCAAGCAGUAUUGUCUUGCAGGCGAUAACUUUGGUAGAUUUUCCUGUGCCGAUUUCUUUGUGUGCUAUAACAUCAUUGAUUGGAGUGGUAAUAACAGCCAUUGUUCAGUUUAUUCAAGAACAUAAAUUAGACUUUGGCUGGGAAUUUGGAUUUGCACAUAUCGUUGGCUAUUCUGUGCUGGGGGGUUUAUUCGGUGGAGCAACUGUAAGCUUCAAUGGAUGGGCAAUGAAGAAAAGAGGGCCAGUUCUUGUGUCCGUUUUCAGCCCCAUCUCAACAGUAAUCUCUGUCAUCUUCACCGCGGUUACCUUAGGAGACACCAUUGACAUUGGAAGUCUUGCUGGUAUGAUCCUCAUGUUCUGUGGUCUCUACUUUGUGCUGUGGGCUAAAAGAAAAGAAACUUACUCCAAUAGCUUAAAGAGUGAGUUCGACGCAGAGAAACCUCUCUUAAGUUAACAUUAUUUGUAUUUAUGUUUCAGAUUUUAAGUUUAGUAAUGUAAUAGAUAUAUCAGUUA